AUGGCGACGGCCGGGAGCGGCGAGGACCAGAGCCAGCUGGUGCUGAGAGGCCCGCCGCUGACGGAGGCGGAGGUGGCGGGGGCGGAGCUGCUCCUGGCGGCCUACCUCGUCCAGAAGCUGGCCGCCCACGGGGACCGCCUUCUGCAGGUGGUGGUGGGCCAGGAGUCGCGGUCAGACUGGGUGCUGCGACAGGCGGCGGCGGAGCUGUCGGCGCUGCAGAGGGCGGUGCCCAGCCUGCGGGAGGGCGACACCGUGGCCGUCUGCGUUGGCAGGUCGGCGCUCUUCGCCCCAGCCCUGCUGGCCACGCUCUGCUCGGGAGCCGUCUGCGCCGUCGUCAACGCGGCACUGCCUCACGAGAGCCUGCGCCAAGCGCUACAGGAGCUGAAGCCAGUAGCGGUGCUAUGCGAACCACAGGCCACCAAGUCCGUUUCCGACGCCAGGCCGACUGGCUGCCCCCUCCUGGUGUUGGGGACUGCCGAGGCGGUCCCUGAUGCUCAACACCUGCUAAUGAGCAGAGCCCAGGGGCUGCAGGGGAACAACACGGCCCCCGCCGUCGCACUCCUCACGUCUGGGACCACAGGACAGCCCAAGGUCAUCCGGAUACCUCGCCGCAACAUGGCCCUAGCUAUGCUCAUUCUAACGCGCAGCGAUGCCCCUUUAGGGAAAGACGACACCCUGCUAUUCACAACCGGCUUCUUCUGGUUAAGCGGAACUCUGUUCACGUUCUGGAGCCUGGACACCGGAAUGAAGUGCAUCGUGACGCCGGAAUUCAGCCCCCAGACUGUACUGGACUACAUCGAGAGAUCCAAGCCCACCGCCAUCUUCAUGCCGCCGAACCAGUGGGUAUCGCUGGCUCGCCAUUCUCCGGAAGGCCGACUGCGGCCGGCAAUGCAGCAGGUGCGUCUGUGCUUCACCGGAGGAGCCGCUCUCAACGCGGAGACGCACGCGUGGGUGGAGGCGUGUACGGGUCGGCCGCUGAUGCAGUGGUACGGCCAGACGGAGGCCUUACCGGUGUGCAACGUGCUCGCCAGCCCUCACCGGCCGCCACCUGGAUCCGUGGGCCGCCUCCAUGCCGGAGUGCAAGCCAAGGUACUGGACUUGCAGACUGGAAAGUGUCUCGGUCCAGGAGUCGAUGGGGAGCUGUGCUUCAAAGGACCGACUAUCAUAGACGAAUUCGUGGACAAGGAUGGCUGGAUCCACACUGGAGACGUGGGUCACUACGACACCGAUGGAAACUUCUACGUCGUUGACAGAAUAAAAGAACUCGUCAAAUACCGCGGUGUCCACGUGUCGCCGUCUGAGAUUGAGGCAUGGCUGCUGGGACACCCGCAGGUGUCGGAGGCAGUGGUGUUGGGCAUACCGCACGAUGAAGACCAGGAGCACCCAGCCGCCUUCGUCGUCCUGACCCCAGGCGCCACCGUCACUCCUGACGAGCUCAAGCAACUGGUCAAAGAGAGGGCGUGCGGCAGUGAGGAGAAGCUUCUACAUGGUGGCGUCUUCGUGCUGGAGUCCAUCCCUCGUGUGGCCAGCGGGAAGGUUAGCAAGGGACAGUUGCGGCGAGCUCUCCAGGAGAGAACAAUGGGAAAGGUGUAGCUGCUCUCCCAGUAACAGCAGCUGCCGGCUCUCCGGAUUGGCUACAGUCUGACGUCAGCAGCCUACACAACAACUCAUUUGGCAUCCCAUGUACAUCCAUGCCACCUGGUGUAACAUCACCUCCGUAAUAAAGUGAACAAA